CGCUCCGGAAGCACAGGCCCGUCGCUGCGCUGGUUAAAGCUAAAGCCUCUUGUGUUGUUGUUCAAGUCAGGGAGGGUCAAUUCUCUUUUUCCACUCAUCCCACAAAUAUACGCGUUGACACUUGUUUACACGCAGAUAAACCUGACCGAAGAUCAUAAUUAAUUUAGAAAUGGACUCUUCUGAACACGGUGCUUCAGUGACAUCUCCAGGCGUAGCCAUUGGAGGGACCCUGCCACCAGGCCUGACAGAGGAGGAGGCAGAAGAGAUGCAGGUGGAACUCACCAAGGUUGACGAUGAGAUUCAGACACUGAGACAGGUUCUCGUGGCAAAGGAGAGGCACGCCGCUGAGCUGAAGCGCAGGCUUGGCAUCGGCCCACUCUCUGAAAUCAAACAGAACAUCAACAAAGGCUGGCAUGACGUUCAGUGCUCCAAUGCUUAUAUGAGAACCUCACAAACACUUGGAGACUUGAAUCGUAGAGUUACCUCAUCUAAUUUAUACCUUUCUGCUUCGGCCACACUUGAGGACAUUGGACGCUCUGAUGCCUAUAAGAGGACUCAAGAGACUCUGUCCCAGGCAGGUCAAAUGACAUCAGCUGCAUUCUCCACAAUGGGAUCCGCCAUCAGAAACCGAUUUGGAGAGAUGAGGGCUCUGCCAUACUCUAACUCUGGUAGCAACUUUUCCAUGCGUCACUCUUUAAGUAUGCCAGCUAUGAGGAACUCACCAAGCUUUAAAUCCUUCGAGGACAAAUUGGAUAACGUGAAGUAGAAAGCAAUGGGAAGAUCAAAUGGAGAGGGUGACCAUUCGUCAACCAGCAACAACGCACCUUUCUGAGCCGGAAGCACAACCUCAUGACCGAGAACUGACAUCUGUGAUCCCUCUUAAACGCUAUACCCAAAUAUACACUCCAGUGUCUCCACAGCUACAUUAACUUCAAAUGAAUGUACAGACAGAAAAUUAUGCUUUAUUAAAACUAAUAUGCCAACAAGCAAUUACUUGAACAUCUGAAGACUGCCAUCCUUGCAAAUGGAUGUAGUCAAAACAUCUGAAAUUAGCGUAUUGGCAAACCGAAGAACCAUUUUUGGGACUUGGUUUUUCUCCUGUGUACCGAAUUACCUUUAAAUGUAUUGUAAUAUAUUAUUUUGUCAAACAAUAGGGCUUCUCUAACACUUCAGUAGUAAAUGGUCUGUUACGAUCAGCAUGAAGAGGUUAAAUGUUUGCACAACUAACCUUCAGAAUGUCCUGAAAUGCUUAAGGCUUCCUUUGUUGCCACUAUUUAUGAUUGUUACAUGCUUUCUACAUUGAAUAUUGCACUGGUUAUUACCCAGCUUGUUACUCAGGGCAAAAGGUGCUAAAGCUUUCCUUGUGACAAGACUCGAGCACCAGAUGUGUAUAAUCUCUGAAGGUGUAUUCUAAAUGAUUCACAUUUAUUUUCUUGUCCAUUUUGAGUUUUUCCCCAAAGUCAUGAUAAAAAAAAAAAAAAUACAGGCUUACUGCAACUGUUCUAACAAAGACAUUAACGAGAUUCAAGCUACACGUAUCUCCUGUUUCUUGAUUGCCUGUAUUUUAGAUUGUGGUGUCUUGCAUAGAAUUAGCCUUUUCCCCUUCUUUUUCAUAAAUUACUGUAACAAUGAACAUAAAAGAAUUUGAGAUUGGGAAGAUGGGUUUUUAUAAAUUAUUUAAUUACUGAACAGAUGCUAGGCAAAUAUUAUUUUCAAGUAAUUGAUGAUUAAAUGUGAUGGUUAUGAUAUUUAAUUCAAAUAUUGUGCUGGGCAAAAGGUCAAUUUCACUGUGGUGAUGGAAAACCCAUUUUUACUUCAUAUUUUGGUCAGUUUAUCAUUUUUCUUUUGAUUCUUUGUGUUCAUGCGAUGAUCUGUAAAAUAAUGUUACCAUACUGACAUAACUACUGGGUACAUCAUGUUUGAUGCUUUGUGGCUGUAACAUACUACACUGUUCAGGGUUUAUUAAAGACAAUGAAGUUAACAAGAA